AUGUUUCGAAAAAAACGUUUUUUAGGACAUGAUAUUGAAAAACGUGAAUGUUCAUCUUGUAUAUCAUUAAAAUCAAGUUCAAUAAAAUAUCGUACACGUAUAUAUCUUACAAAUUCUUGUCAAAGUGAAACACGUCAAGAAUGUUUAUGUUCAACAUGUUCAGUGCUAUUAAAUUCAUCUUCAUUAAUUGAUUCAAUUAAUGAAAAUCGUUUUUCAAUAAUACAUACAAUAAUUGCUUGUUCAAUAUCAUUUUUAUUUGGUUGUCUUUUAAUGAUUUAUAUCAUAAUUUUAUGUCGUUAUCGUCGUCGUCAUUAUCGAGAUUAUUUUCAAGCAUCAACUUCUAAUUCAUCAUCAAGUCCACAUACAGCACAAGAUUUAAAUACAUUUGCAACAUUAUCAAAUACAAAUAAUCAAACAAAUCAAUUUCGAAGUUUUGAUUCAUCAUUAUCAUCGACAAAUGGUAGUGUUAGUGCUUUUCUUAACGAUAUUCCAUCGAGAAAAUAA